AUGAGUGCUACAAAAACCAUCAUGUCAGAGCAGGAAACGGUCUGUCUGUCGAUUCACGAUGCGGUCAGAGCCGGUGAUGUCACGGCGCUGAUGUCUUUAGCGAGGAGCGGGUCAGCGGUUAACGUUAACGACGUGGACCAGGAAUACAGCUUCACGCCCCUGCACUGGGCUGCUCAGGAUGGCAGACUGGAGUGUCUCCAUUGGCUGCUGUGGCAGGGGGCGGAGCCAUCGCGUCAGAGCCCUCAGGGCUGGACCCCCACACACCUGGCCGCCAUCAGAGGACAGAGAGCCUGUCUGGAGGCUCUGAUAGUGAAUGGGGUGGACCUGUCUGUCCCUGACCAGAGAGGCUGUACUCCGGUUCACCUGGCGUCUGCCCACGGCCACCCUGCCACCCUGCAGGCCCUGCUGAGGACUGGAGCGGUGAGCAAUGCCCUAGGAGCAGAAUCACCUGGAGCCUCUGACACUGGGCCCGGAUCUUGGGGGUUUGAACUGGAGCUGUGUUCACGUUCAGCCGCUGUACAGGGUCACCUGACAUGCCUGCGAUGGCUUGUGGAGAUGGGAGCCGACCAUCGCAUCAGGAACAACGACGAGGAGACUCCCAGAGACACAGCUCAGAGGUUUGGUCAGUUGGCUGCUGUGAAGAUGCUGGGGCAGGCCGGCUCAGAGGAGGAUGAUGAAGGUCAAGUGAAGGGGAGCAGGUGCUGUCAGGAGACGAUGAUGGCGACACAGAGAAGACAAGGACGAGAGAGGGCACGCCAGAGACUGGAGGAGCUGAAGAUGCAGGUGGAGAUAGCUCGGAGUAACUACCGACAGCUGGGUGGAGAGCUGGAAGAAACCGACAGGACGGACACAGAGAGAGAAUCAGAGCCUCCUUCAGGACCUGCAGGCUCAGCUAGAGAGAGAGAACGAGAGCGCAGAGAGAGGUUGGAGACCCAGCUAGACGAUCACAGAGCGCAGAUCAGAAAAUUGGAGCAAGCCCGGAAGAAUGCAAAGGUCUCUAAGGACAUCGCCCCAUGUCUUCCCAUCAUCGAGAGAAAAAAAACAACCAAGAAAAAAGCGAAUGUUGCAUGACUGUUUGUGAGAAAAGUGAAGGAAUACAUGGAUAAUAUGUUUGAGCAAUGUUUAUUU